GGGGGGGAGGCAAGAGAAGUAAAUGCUCACAGGCUGUCACAUCGUAAUCCUCCUUGCUGGCAAUUCCCCUCCUUCCCUUUCUAUCCGUUCGCAGGAUUUCCACUUUCGUCGUCAGGCGGUUUCCGCCGAUUUUCCUCCAUUGUCGGUUCAUCCUUGGACGCUCGUUCACUCUCUCUCUUCUCCCGCUGUGAAUUUUUUUUUUAACUCUCAGUCAAAAUCUUUCCACAGGAGCUUUAAUUGAUGGCGGAGGUCGCGCCUUUACUGCGUCACGGAUAUUUAUGGGUUGCAGAGAUAUUUUUUUUGGGCCACGCCAACGCCAUCGACUGAAAGCCGACCUUCCUUCUUCUUCCUGCUCUUCUGCGCUUUUUGCCUUUUCAAUUCGUCAAUAGGUCGGCCGAAAGCCCAACGACGAAGGAAAAAGGGCGAGGAGCUUUUGCCGUCGACUCGGCUCGACUCGCGCAAGCGUCCAAUUUCCCGAAUUUCGGAGCGGAUCCCUAUGAUUCCAGCAGAUUCAGCGGGAAUUCAGAAAAUCCCUUCGCCUCGCUAAUUGGGUUUUCUUCAUUCACGCUAAAGAGGAAAAGGGGAGGAAAAAAAUCGAGUCUUUUGUCCGGGCUUGCUUGUCGGCUUCUCCCCCCACUUCCUGCUCAUAAUUUCGCGGCGUCCCUGCAACUUGCGGACCGCAGCGGUAGUUGGGCAUUUAGCGGAUUCGAAUCCCGAGGGGUUUCGGGGAUAAAGACGCUGUCUUGGAGUUUGAUAUUGGGGGGGAAUCAAAUUGGGGUUGGUUCGAUAGCUCCGUAGAUCUGCUGUCGAGUUUCAUUUGGUCGCGCUGCUGAGUCGCGUGAAGUCGUUCGGAGUUGGGAAGGGUGUGUGGGUUUUGCUUUGAUGACUGUCGAUGAAGCAGUGAGCCCUAGUUGUUCCUCGUGGAGUAAGGAACAGGACAAGGCGUUCGAGAAUGCCCUGGCUACCCACUUCGAGGUCUCCCCGGAUUGGUGGGAGAAGGUAGCAUCCGACGUGCCCGGCAAAACCCUAGAGGAGAUUAAGCUCCACUACGAGGACCUGGUGGAAGAUGUCAAUAGGAUAGAGGCUGGCCGCGUGCCUCUGCCGUCCUACAGUUCGGCUUGCUCGGAUGGCUCCGCCAGUAACUUAGGGGAGGAGGAGAGCGGGAAGAAGGGCGGCGGCGGUAGCGGCGAGUCAAACCAGGGAGGGAAAGGCUCGAGGUCGGAUCAGGAGAGAAGGAAGGGGAUUGCUUGGACAGAGGAAGAACACAGGUUAUUUCUUCUAGGCCUAGAUAAAUAUGGGAAAGGCGAUUGGCGAAGUAUUUCCCGGAACUUUGUUGUCACAAGGACGCCUACGCAAGUUGCGAGCCAUGCACAGAAGUAUUUUAUCCGUCUGAGCUCUGUUAACAAAGAUAGGAGGCGAUCUAGCAUUCAUGAUAUCACUACCGUAGGCAGUGGAGACCUUUCAGCACCUCAAGGCCCUAUUACAGGUCAAAAUCAAACAGAUGGCUCUGCGGGAGGAGUGUCUUCUGGCAAAUCUAACAAACAAUCUCCUCAAUCUCCAGCAGUGACGUCAGGUGUUGCAGUUUCAGGUCCUCCUCCAUCAAUUGGACAACCGGUGGGUGGCCCUUUUGUCUCUGCUGUUGGUACUCCAGUAAAUCUCUCUACUGCGCCACACAUGGCAUAUGGCGUUAGAGGUCAAGUACAAGGCACUGUGGUUCCUGGUGCGCCAAUCAAUAUGGGCUCCGUGACUUAUCCAAUGCCACAUGCAUCGGCACACAGGUGAUGCAGCUUAAGCUGGACAAUAUCAGACUGGCUGAGGUUCUCUGCUUUUGCUCCUGUUGGAUGAUGGAAUGUGAUCUGAUAAUAGGAUGGUUUGGUGCAAAGACAACUAUUAUUUCUGUUGCUUUCAAAUAAGUUGUGGUGGGAGGAAUAACAUCAAUCUCUAGCGGCAUGGCAAAGAUGUGGCAUUUCAGGGCGUCAAAGUGUACUGUCGUUCAUUUGUUUAGACCCACACUGUGGUACUAGAAGUAGUUCAUGAAAGGUUCUUUUCAGCAGUGUCAUUUGUAAAGAAGUGUUUGGGUUGUAGCGAUUAGCAUUAUCAAGCGACUUCAUGGCAAUGCAUUUUGAAUUAUGAUCUGCUUGCUCUUGCCUUGGGAAAUUUGAUGUACUGUGGUGGAUUUCGCCUCAAAGGAGGCAAACAUGGGAAUAUGUAGACGUCGUGGCUAUGAUCCUUCUCUCAUUUGAUAUACAUACGUACAUAUGUA